GCAGCAGCAGCAGCAUCCGCCCUUCCCCUCCAGCCCUGACAGUGCACAGAGCCUGGGAGCUGUAAUCCUGAGCUGGCUGGCUGGCUUUGCUGCACGGUCCUGCCUGCCUGCCUGCCUGCUCCUCGCCGCCGGAGAGGAUGGGCUGCCCGGGGCUGCGGAGCACCUUCCCCAGCGCUUCCUAGGAAGGGACAAAAACAAAGGCAGCCCCCUCCGUGACUAGCCAGCCCGGGCUGGGGUGGAUGCGAGCGACCAUGAAAGGCUGGGUCUCCUCCUCCUCCUCCUCCUCUCGCUCUCCUGCCGUGGCUGCUUUUGCUGCUGCUUCUUCUGCCGCCGCUUCCCGAGAGCUGCUGGCUGCUGCUGAUGAUCAGAGGACUCCCGUGUAAAAGGAGGAGGAGGAGGAAGAAGAGGAAGAAGAGGCGGCGGCGGCGGCGGCGGAGGAGGAGGCGAGGCGUGCUCGGGCUGCCGCUGCCCAAAGGUGUCAAGGUGCUGGCGAGGCGAGGGGGGACAUGGCUUCUUCUCCGGCUUCGCUGGGGCCCCGCGGCCCUCGCCCACCCACCGUGCCUCCUCCCAUGCAGGAGCUGCCUGACCUGAGCCACCUGACGGAAGAGGAGAGGAACAUUAUUAUGGCUGUGAUGGACCGGCAGAAGGAAGAGGAAGAGAAGGAAGAGGCCAUGCUCAAAAGAUUGCACCAACAAUUUGAAAGUUACAAAGAGCAAGUCCGAAAAAUAGGUGAGGAAUCCCGCCGUUACCACGGAGAGCACAAGGACGAUGCGCCAACAUGUGGAAUCUGUCACAAAACUAAGUUUGCCGAUGGUUGUGGCCAUUUAUGCUCCUACUGCCGGACAAAGUUUUGUGCCAGAUGUGGAGGACGUGUUUCUCUACGAUCAAACAAUGAGGACAAAGUGUACAGGAAUAAUGUCUCUGCUGGCCACGGACUGCAGUGGGAAGGGCCAGAGACAGUUAUGUGGGUAUGCAACUUAUGCCGAAAGCAACAAGAGAUCCUAACGAAAUCUGGAGCGUGGUUUUUUGGAAGUGGUCCUCAACAGCCACCCAGUCAGGACGGAGCACUGAGUGAUACAGCUACUGGUGGCAGUUCAGAUGCACCUAGAGAAAAGAAAGCGAGGCUUCAAGAACGGUCAAGAUCUCAAACACCCCUAAGCACAGCAGUCACCUCCUCACAGGAAAUACCUUCUAGUGUGCAAACUGACAGGAGGAAAGGCACAGAGGUAUCCCAGCAAGCUAUGGGCCUGGAACAGAAGCAGACUUCAUCAAGGUCUAGAAGUGAACCCCCAAAAGAGAGGAAGAAGACACCAGCAGGGUCUGAACAGAAUGGGAAAGGAGGUGUAAAAGGUGAGCGCAAACGAGUGCCAAAAUCCUCACUCCAGCAGGGUGAAGGACAAAGAGAUGAGAGGGAAUGUAAAGAAAGACGUGAUGGUAGAAGAUUAGAGAAAGGGAGGUCUCAGGACUAUUCAGACUUCCCACACGAUUUUGAGGAAGGCAAAGCUAUAGAUGGAGAGAAGCAAAGGAAAGAAGAUGACUAUCACACUCGAUACAGGAGUGAUCCAAACCUGGCAAGGUAUCCCGUAAAGCCGCAUCCCGACGAGGAACAGAUGCGCAUGCAUGCAAAAGUUUCAAAAGCACGGCAUGAAAGAAGACACAGUGACGUUGCCUUGCCACACACAGAAGUUGAGGAGCCCGAGGUACCUGAGAAUAAACUAGGAAAGCACUCACAGGCACAAGGAACUCAGGACAUAAAGUCUCGCCCGGAUACUCAGAGGGCGUAUGCAAUAGAAAGAACAGGUGAUGUAAGGAUUUCUGUUUCUAAACAAUUAGCUAACCAUAGCCCACCAACUCCCAGGCAUAGCGUGGUUCCUACAGAGCACUUAGAAUCCAAAAAUCACGACCCCUUUAAAACACAGAGUCGCUUAGAUCCUAGCUCUGCUAUUCUCAGUCGGAAAGCAAAGCGGGAGAAAAUGGAGACCAUGCUAAGGAAUGAUUCCCUUAGUUCUGACCAGUCAGAAUCAGUGCGGCCGUCUCCACCAAAGCCCCAUAGAUCGAAACGGGGUGGAAAGAAAAGACAAAUGUCAGUCAGCAGCUCUGAGGAAGAAGGAGCAUCAACACCUGAAUAUACCAGUUGUGAUGACGUGGAAAUAGAAAGUGAAAGUGUCAGUGAAAAAGCUAAUCUGUUUGGCAGAAGAGAGUUGGUGUGCCCUGCGUCUCCUGAGUCGUGUUGUGGUGAUUUGGAUUAUUACUGGCUUGAUCCUGCCACGUGGCACAGUAGGGAGACAUCUCCUAUUAGCUCGCAUCCUGUAACGUGGCAACCAUCUAAAGAGGGAGAUCGCCUAAUUGGUCGUGUUAUUCUCAACAAGAGAACAACUAUGCCAAAGGAGUCAGGUGCAUUGCUGGGACUCAAAGUUGUAGGAGGAAAAAUGACUGAUUUAGGACGACUUGGUGCCUUCAUUACCAAAGUAAAGAAAGGUAGCUUGGCUGAUGUGGUGGGACAUCUAAGAGCAGGUGAUGAAGUUCUAGAAUGGAAUGGCAAACCGCUUCCUGGAGCUACAAACGAAGAAGUUUACAACAUUAUUUUAGAAUCAAAAUCAGAACCUCAAGUUGAAAUUAUUGUUUCAAGGCCUAUUGGUGACAUUCCAAGGAUUCCCGAGACUUCUCAUCCUCCACUAGAAUCUAGUUCUAGUUCAUUUGAAUCUCAAAAAAUGGAACGGCCAUCAAUUUCUGUUAUUUCCCCUACUAGUCCUGGAGCCCUAAAAGAUGCUCCACAGGUCCUACCUGGGCAGCUCUCUGUAAAGCUUUGGUAUGAUAAAGUGGGGCAUCAGUUAAUAGUGAAUGUUCUUCAAGCAACAGACCUGCCACCCAGAAUAGAUGGACGCCCAAGGAAUCCUUAUGUAAAAAUGUAUUUCCUUCCAGACAGAAGUGAUAAGAGUAAGAGGAGGACCAAAACGGUAAAGAAAAGCUUAGAACCAAAAUGGAACCAAACUUUUCUCUAUUCCCAUGUGCACCGUAGAGAUUUUAGAGAACGGAUGUUGGAGAUCACAGUUUGGGAUCAGCCCAGAGUGCAAGAAGAAGAAAGCGACUUUCUUGGGGAGAUCCUUAUAGAGCUGGAGACAGCACUUUUAGAUGAUGAACCACAUUGGUAUACGCUGCAGACGCAUGAUGAAUCCUCACUACCUCUGCCUCAGCCAUCACCUUUCAUGCCAAGGAGACAUGCCCAUGGUGGAGAAAGCUCUAGCAAAAAAUUACAAAGAUCUCAGCGAAUCAGUGAUAGUGACAUCUCAGAUUAUGAUGUUGAUGAUGGUAUUGGAGUAGUUCCUUCAGUAGGCUAUAGGUCUAGCACUAGAGAAAGUAAAUCUACAACGUUAACUGUGCCAGAACAGCAAAGAACAACCCAUCAUCGUUCACGAUCUGUAUCUCCUCACCGUGGUGACGAUCAGGGCAGGACCCGUUCUCGUUUACCAAAUGUGCCAUUACAGAGGAGUUUAGAUGAAAUUCAUCAAAUGAGAAGAUCGCGUUCUCCAACUAGACACCAUGAUGCCUCCCGAAGCCCAGUUGACCGCAGGUCCAGAGAUAUGGAUAGUCAGUAUUUGUCAGAUCAAGAAAGUGAGCUUCUAAUGCUGCCCAGGGCAAAACGAGGAAGAAGUGCAGAGUGCCUACAUACCACCAGAAAUUCUGUUAGGCAUUAUAAAACACUACCUCCCAAGAUGCCUUUAUUAGAGAAUGGCACUUACUGGAAUAUUUACAGCUCAACCCUGCCUGCAUGUGUUAAGGCCAAAUCAGUGCUUAGUCAGGAUAUUUCACUUCUUCGUAAUUGCCUUAACUCACGAAUACCAAGAUUUACUGAUGGUCUGUUGGUUAGUGAACUGCAGCCCUCGCUUGACAGGGCUAGGAGUGCUAGUACCAACUGCUUGAGGCCUGAUACUAGUUUGCAUUCACCAGAACAAGAAAGGGUUCUACUGCCAUGUUCUAGAAGGGGACUGCCACCCCCAAGAAUCAGUGAUCAGCCAGUCAUUACUAGGGGAAAGCAUCACACUCGCUCAAGGUCGAGUGAGCAUUCUAGUAUCAGACCAUUAUGUUCUGUACAUCACCUAGUUCCUGGAGGGUCUGCACCACCUUCUCCACUUCUGACAAGAAUGCACCAACCAGGAAGUCCCAUGCAGUCGUCUCCAGCAGACACACCCUUCAGCAGCCGUAGGGGGAGACAGCUUCCACAAGUUCCUAUCAGAAGCGGCAGUAUAGAGCAAGCAAAUUUAGUAGUGGAGGAACGAACGAGACAGAUGAAAAUGAAAAUGCACCGUUAUAACCAGACACAGUCUGGUUCUAGUCAAGAACUUGAACGUGAGCAAUAUACUAAGUAUAACAUACAAGCAGAUCAGUACAGAAGUUGUGAUAACGUCUCUGCCAAAUCAUCAGAUAGUGAUGUCAGUGAUGUGUCAGCCAUUUCCCGUGCCAGCAGUGCCUCACGUCUCAGCAGCACAAGCUUUAUGUCAGAGCAAUCAGAGCGCCCGAGGGGCAGAAUCAGUACGUUUACUCCUAAAAUGCAAGGCAGACGGAUGGGAACUUCAGGGAGAAUCAUCACAAAGAGCACAAGUGUGAGUGGAGAGGUGUAUAAGCUGGAACAUAACGAUGGGAGUCAAUCAGACACUGCAGUUGGUACGGUUGGAACAGGUGGGAAGAAAAGACGGUCCAGCCUUAGUGCCAAAGUGGUUGCCAUGGUAUCUCGAAGAAGCAGAAGCACAUCCCAGCUUAGCCAAACAGAGACGGGCAGCAAGAAGCUAAAAAGCACGAUACAGAGAAGCACAGAAACUGGUAUGGCAGCAGAAAUGAGAAGCCGUAUGGUCCGGCAGCCAAGUCGGGAAUCAACUGACGGCAGCAUCAACAGUUACAGCUCAGAAGGAAACCUAAUAUUUCCUGGAGUCCGACUUGGUGCUGACAGCCAAUUCAGUGAUUUCCUUGAUGGACUUGGACCUGCGCAGCUAGUAGGUCGACAGACUUUAGCCACUCCUGCCAUGGGUGAUAUUCAGAUUGGAAUGGUGGAUAAGAAAGGCCAGUUGGAAGUAGAAGUUAUUAGAGCCCGAGGCCUUAUACAAAAGCCUGGUUCUAAAUCUACCCCAGCGCCAUAUGUCAAAGUUUAUCUGUUGGAAAAUGGGGCUUGUGUAGCCAAGAAGAAGACAAGGAUUGCAAGGAAAACCCUUGAUCCUUUAUACCAACAGACACUGGUUUUUGAGGAAAGUCCACAUGGCAAAGUCCUUCAGGUGAUAGUCUGGGGAGACUACGGCCGAAUGGAUCACAAAUGUUUCAUGGGAGUAGCACAGAUCCUGCUGGAAGAACUUGAUUUGUCCAGUGUGGUAAUAGGCUGGUAUAAAUUAUUUCCACCUUCUUCUCUGGUGGACCCAACGUUGACUCCUCUGACUCGCAGGGCUUCCCAGUCAUCUCUGGAAAGCUCAACUGGGCCUCCCUGCAUUCGAUCUUAGUAGACGCAACAGCAGGUGCUCUCCAACAAAGUCAUUAUCACCCAGGAUCACCAAUGGGAGGGGGGAAAGCUAUUUACAACAAUGAGGAGCAUUUAUUUAUUUAUUUUGAAAAGAGACAAUCAUCACUUCAGUUUUGCCUGUAGUAGUUUAUCCAAAAACAAAAUAUGUCUGUUUGUUAUGAGGUUGGCUUCAAUUUACUGAACAAAUCAAUGUAUGAAAAUACAGUCGAUCCAUCUAGCAAAAUGUCCCUGAGGUUUAUGAUAAUUAUAACGAAGAGGGACCUUUAAGACUGAACUGGAACCGCUUGUUCUUUCCACAAUUCCCAUUCCCACACCCCCAGAAACCACAAACAGUGUUAACUCCUUGCUCUCUUUCUGUAUAUGUUAUUUCCACUUGGUUUUGCUGUGUUAUUUAUCCUGCCAGUUUUGUAAAAGUCUUCAUGAUGCUAACAGAGACCCUUCCUUUCUUUUUCUAAACCAAACCAAAAAGGGCUGAAGCACAUCUCUGUAAGCAUCUCUAAAAGUGUUCACCUUCCAGAGUUAUCGUACGAUGCCAACAAAAACCCCACUAUCCUUUCAUUCUGGUUGUCCACCGUCUUAACACGUGUGGAGAACCAGAAUAAAACCAACCGACUUUUAGUUCAGUUUUGCUUUAUUAAUGUUAUUGUUAUUAAGGAGUUUAUCAUAAUUUUUCAUCGUGAGGGGCGGUGGGGAAGUGAAUAUAUUUGCAUUAUACAUCAUGGUUUUUGUAUGUUUCAUUAAUACUUAGCAUGAAGGAAAUUUGCAUCUGCAACUAUUGCUGAAGACUUGAUAAAAAAAGCAGCUUUUUCAUUUUGACAUUGACAAUUAUGUUUGUAAAGCGGUCGUCUUACUGGACCCGAUGAGGAAAGUCUUUCUGUUCUAGUGUGUAACUUCCCAAACGUCGACCAGGAAUUGAGUUGAGCAUCUGACACUUUUCAGCUGUAUCCAGGCUUCUCUGAUAACAUGUGUCACUUUUGAUACACUUGUCUGCCCUGGUUAGAGCAUGGUCUGAGUUGUUAGUUUUCCCACUGGAAAUUCCAGUUGAGAUACUCUGCACUUAACUAAUGUUUUUAUCGAAUUUCAGUUUACAUUUCUUUGAGACUGAUGCAAGCACAAUGCUUGACUUUUUUUAAACAAAGAUAUCUUUCUUUUGGGGGGUUUGCAGGGGGGAGGUACAGUUAAAAAACAACAACAAUGUUCAUUUGGGUUUUAUCUUGGUCUUGGAAACCCCCCCCCCACCUUGUGUUUUUUCUGUAAAAUGUGCUAAAAAGCUGCGGGAUGUGCAGGUGCAUUGAGAAGUUCUCUCCUUUUUUGGGCCAUUGAUUUUGUGAUCUCACAAAAUAGAGCAGCAUGAUUUGGAACUGUUCAAAGCUGCAUGCACGUUUUUUUUUUGGGUUUUUUGUAAUAAAAAGAAAAGAAAAACAGAAAAAAGGAAAAGAAAACAGAGAGAAAAAAAGAAACAAUCAAAAAGAGAUUAUUUAAUAAUGUAUGUUAGUUCCACAUAGACCAGGUUGUGUGUUGCAUGUACUUGUACAGUUUGCUCGUAAUUACUCUAAUGAAGUAACCAAGAAAUCUAAGCCAUCCAUUUUUUCUUAUAGACAUUUUGCAGGUUUUAGCCAGGCUGACUGUCAGUUUGGUGCUAAAUGUCUAUAGAUGGACUUUAUUUUUUACCCUAUGGAAAACGUGACGUAGUACGGACCAAAUUCCUUCUAAUAAAUAUUUUGGUGUAGAUUCCUACUGUGGGGCUGUAACACAUGUAGAAACUGUGUACACAAUUAGGUUUUCCUUCAUAGACAUAACUGCCUGCACCAAGUGAACUAUUUAUUAUGAUGAUGAUUAUUUAAACAUUGCCAGAACUAUUCUGCCCAUGUUUCCAUGGAGCAUAGAUUGGUUACUGCUCGACCUGCUGAGCAGGAAGAACUGAAGCACUGGUGCACUACUAGAUUCUGUUCUGUCUUUUAGUGGCCAAAUAAAUAAACAAACUUAAUUAUAAUUCGGUAGUACCUUUCUAGUUUGACCACUUGUCUUAACAUUCCCCUGUGCUUUUAAGAUGAACUUCCAACUCAUGUUAUGUAGACAUGUUUAAUAAAAUUUCCUUUACAUGUUCA